AAACACUAAAGUCUGUUUGCCAGGCUGACGAACUCACUAGGUAUCUCGCAGUCAGAGUCCUGGGAUCGAGCGGCAGUGCAGCAUUCUUAUUCUCAGUUACUUGACAACAUGGCUCCCGAUCACAAGCUUUCCGAGGUAUCUGUCGAUGGAGAAUAUCUCACGGGGAAGAACUACCCGGCUAAGAACGGGAGGUUCUGGCUCUGGUUUUUGGUGGGAACGCUGCUGAAUGUGUGCCUCAUCGCGGCCUCGGUCGGCCUGACCGUGAUGUACGUCCACACGGAGCUGAAGUCACUCAAGGACCAGAUGCAAAUUCACGAAGAGCGUUUGGCAUGGUUGGGAGAUGCCUCGUCGAAACAAAACGCCGGGAAAGAAGGUGUCCCAACUUGGAAGUAUGCCCAGUUGCGAACGAGACGAGAUCAGGAGCCUCAAGUGUCGUCUGGCCGCAGCAGCCAACAAAAUGCAACGCACCUUCCGGGUUACGGAUCAGGAAACGCAGGUGGUGUUGUCUGCCGGGACGGUCGUGAUGGGAGAGAUGGUAAGGAUGGACAUGACGGAGCCCAGGGCCCAGCGGGACCGGCCGGCCCAACAGGAAUCAAGGGCGAAAAGGGAGAUCCUGGCAUUGAUGGGGAUCAAGGCUCAUCAGGAGUGAUGAUGCACAGACGGGCCAAGCGAGCCCUCGGCGACGGGGAUUCGUCUCUUACAGCAGAAAAUCGGGAGUCAGGCGCACAUGACGUGUAUCCCACAUUGAAGCCGUCUGGGGGUGAGACCUACGUCCGAUGGGGGCGCACCACUUGUCUGAAUGAUACAAGCACGGAGCUCGUGUAUGCGGGCAUUGCCACGGGUGCGCAUUAUAGUAACAAGGGUGGUUCUGUUGAUUUCUUCUGCCUCCCGUCUGACCCAGAGUGGGCGGCCUCUCACAACGACGGGCUCAACUCCAACUCCUUCCUGUACGGGAUGGAGUACGAAGUUUCCGGCUUUGAUCCCUUCUCCCACGAGAACGCCGAGUUCCUCCAGGACCGUGACGUCCCGUGCGCCGUAUGCCGCCUCGUGGACCGCGGGACCCAACUGCUCUUCCCGGCCAAGCUCGGCUGUCCGGAAAACUGGACGGAGGAGUACAGAGGCUUCCUCAUGUCUGGAAAAUACAACCAUGAGCAGCGGUCCAAAGCCGUGUGCGUGGACGAGGCGCCAGAGGCGAUCCCCGGCAGUAAGACCAGCCAGGACGGCGCGCUGCUCUACAUCAUUGAGGGGCAGUGUGGCUCCCUCCUGUGCCCCCCUUAUGUCGACGGGCGUGAAAUAGCAUGCACAGUCUGUAGCAUCUAGAAAUCAAUGCACGGUCUUUAUACCCGACCCCGUCUUGAUAUCACUGUUGUCUACAAGAGGGCGUCAGUAUACUACAUGUAUUACCUUUUUCAUUAGAUUCGGCGUCGGCUCCAUUUUACCUAGAGUUUUGAUCAGUAGAAAGAAAUGACUGUACGUCGGUAGGAGUUAAUACUUAAUGAUAUUGUAUGUUGUGAGCGUUCCUAUAGUAACAAAUAAUGAUUGGGUUUUUUUAAACCAAGCCCGUUGUUUGGUUGUUUCUGAAAAAAACCCAGUAACUUCAAUCUAUGCUGAACAGUCGGAUCCCUUCCCAAGUCCCACUGCCGUGUAACAGUGUAAACAGGAAUCAAUCUAUAAACACCAAGGCUUUGCUAAGACGCAUCCUUAAAAUGUGUUACUGCGCAUGGUUUGAAAAAGACUCAGACUUAAGUACCAAUCCGUUUACAAACUCUUUGACAUUUUCAGCAUAACCUUUUGUCCAAAUACUCAUAUUUCAACCCGCAGUCAAAAGACAAAUACUCUUGUUUUUUUGGUAGGUUUAAUUUCCACUGCACCAACGUUUAUUUAAGUAUCCUCGUCGGACUCAGCAAAGGACCCGAUUACAAAACUAUCUACACUAUCUCCGAGCAGAGGUGACUGUGAUCCAGUGAAUAUAACUCUGAUAAUAUAACUUUCAAUCAAAGAAUACCACUCAGAUGCAUGAAUUUUAUUAAAGUGAUAAUUAUCCUUUGCUUAUUAUGAAAAAUACAUGCCUAUUAUAAAAGAUACUUGAAAAGAAGUAGGCGACCCAACUGGUGAUGGGCUGGAAACAGGUUUAUUAUUGACUCCGGUUAUGGGUACAGGGUUGGUGGUCGGGAUGCAAAAGCCAGUGGUGUGUGUAUAUGAUGUGUAGAUGCAACAAUCACGUGUGGGCGUGGUAGGUGUGUGGUUCUAAAAGGAGGAAUAAACACAAAGGGGAACUAAAUUACUUUGUGCACAUGCAGGGUAGGCCUAGGAAACCUAUAACAAUUUACAUCUAAACACACUGUGUGCCCAUGAUUAGUCUAGCGAUAUACAUGUAGGCCUACAUAACAUGAUUUACAUGAACACAAAAUGGAGGAAAAGGGCCUAAAUACUUAUAAACACCGCGCCAUACGUUGGUAUAAUAGCACAUAAUUUAUGGAAAGACCAUAACACAUUCUCAGGAAACCCUCAAUUUUCCCAGUAAAGUACCCACAAAACAUGUGUAUCCGCUCCGUUCACAA